CCUUUCUUGUUCACGAUUGGAUAUGUCAAAUUUUGAUGAGAGCAAUUCUAGUGAAAACCAACAACUACCCACUUUUAAAGAUCCAAAAGGGUGUAUAGAUAUUACAACAGAUGAUAAUACCAAGAAAAUUGUAAUAUUGCAUCAAGAUCCAAAAGGGUGUCAAGAUAUUAUAAUGGAUGAACAAAAAGAUGACGAUGCCAACAAAAAAGAAAUAUUGCACCAAAAUAAUCCAAAAGAGUGUCAAGAUAUUACUAUAGGAAUCAAGAAAAUAAUGGUAUUGCAAGAAGAUCCAAAAGGGUGUCAAGAUAUUACAAUGAACACUAACAACAUAGUAAUAUUGCAUCAAGUUUCUAAUCAAAAUCAUCGUCAAGAAGAUGGUGUUGUCAACGAGACAAUAGUUAUACAACGCGUUGAAGAUGAAUUGGUACUAGAAGAUGGUGGUGUUAACGAGACAAUAGUUAUACAACACGUUGAAGACGAAUUGCUACCAGAAGAUGGUGUAGUUAUACAACACGUUGAAGACGAAUUGAUACUAGAAGAUAUACAACACGUUGAAGAUGAUGUUGUCAACAAUCUAGUACUACUAGAAGAUGAUAAUGAUGGAUUUAGGACUCCAACUUCUUUGGAAUCGAAAAUUCCAAUUUUGACAACAUGUCCUGAUGCACCAAGACGCAACUAUAGUGGUAUUAAACGAAAAGCUUCAUCACCACCAAGAAGAGGGGAAAGAAAUAUAAGAAUAUGGAACGAUUAUCGUCAUCGCAAUACCGCUAGAUUUUGACCGGAAA